AUGGCCACACCUUCAGCUCCGGGUCCCGGCUCCGGACCGUUUGCGCCCGCCGUUGCGCAGUAUCACCGGGUGGCCCUCGGCAUUGGACUCGACGGGUAUGUCGCGCCGGAUCUUGAUGAGGCGUAUCGACUGCACGCUGCGCAGAGCGGUGCUGCAGUCACGGCCCCGGCUCCACAUCAUGCGCCGGGUCAGUUUGGUAUACUCGCGCCGACGGCGGUGCCUGUGCCUGUUGUCGAGACGCAGCAGAUACAGGGUGUAUUCGGUGCACAACCGCCACCGCCACCGCCGCCACAGCCUGUUGAGAGGUCGAAUGGGCAGUUGAGUAGCAAGAUUGUGGUUGAUCCUCCGGACCUGGAGGCUUGGCGGGAUAAGCUGUUUAACGUUGACGAAAUGAUUGUCCUCACACAUGAACAGUUUGAGACAUACUUUCCCCAUGUCGACAAUGUCUACUCGCACCGCUCGACGCAGCGUUAUAAGCGAAAACCCUUCGUAUCGCACUAUUGGGACUGUCGCAUGAAGGGCCGGCCUCCAGGUACACCCAAGUCAGACGACCCCAACAAGAAGAAGCGAAAGCGCAACGCCCGCGAACGCGAUCUAUGUGACGUAAAGAUAAAAAUCACCGAGUAUCUCCCCGGCGCGCAGCUGCAGCUUGAACCUUUAGACCAGGGACAGUCCGGGCCUGCAAUAUUGGGUGGGUUUGCAGGUGUUGCUGGUCAACAGCGGUUCUGGACGGUUCAGAGGGUUAAUGGUAAUGGAGGUAAUGGAAAGGGGGAUGGUGUUGCUGGUCCUCAUAAACACACGUUGGAGAAGAGUGAUGAGAUUAAGAAGAAUAGUGUGCAGCGGUAUUUGGCCAAGCAAGAGAGGGAGACGAAAAAGGCACAGAAGCCCCCGAGUCGGAAAACUACAGGCGCCGCACUGAUAACAGCCAGGAAACACGCCAAAGAGAACACUCUGAAGCUAUACGGGGCAUGCUUCUGCCCCUUCUCUCAGCGCGUCUGGAUAGCCCUCGAGGCAAAGGGCCUGGCCUACCAAUACUGCGAGACGGACCCCUUUCGACGUCCGGCUCCAACACACCUCCUCGAGGCGAACCCGCAUGGUUGUGUUCCUGCGAUAAGACAGGGUGAAUGGACCUGUGCAGAAAGCGGCGUGAUCCUAGAAUAUCUUGAGGAUCUGGGUCAGGGCAAGCCUCUGCUUCCCACCGAUGCGCAGUCAAAGGCUACUUGUCGAUUCUGGAUAGACCAUACCAGCAUUGAUAGCCUCGUACAGGCCGCCGACGAGCAGGGCCCCUUCUUCCUCGGUCUGAACCUUAGUCUCGUCGAUAUCCAUCUUGCCCCCUUUGCUAUCCGCCUCCCCCGUAUCCUCACUUCCCUGCGUGGCUGGUCGCCUCCUCCGCCUGGGUCACGCUGGGCAAAGUGGUUAGAUUCCAUCGAGGCUGACGAGAGUAUAAGGGCAACGACGAGUGAUCACGAGUUGUAUGCCGACACUGUUGAUUUACUGGUUCGGCGGAAUGGACUCGGCGGAUAA